UGCCACUUUUCUGGGUCUGAGUCCCAUUGACAGGAUUCGAAGAGAAGCCCAAACCCCUCUCUCUGCCCACCUCAUCCGGCAUGUAUAGGGGGACACCAGAGUGUUUGUGUGCUGGGGCCUCCUCCUGGUGAACAUGACCAAAACACCUCAGUUAGGAGGCAUCCUUGUCAGAUGCCCAAAUCCACUCAUCUGGCCUUUUUGAUGUUGAUGAUCAUCCCCUUAGAAUUUUUUUUUUUAUCUAUAAAGUAGCCAGAAAUAUUAGGAAAAUGCACAAACUUCAGCUAAGUCAGUUCUAAUGAGACAUGAACUGGGACAAUCAGCUGAGCUCUAUUCUGUCUGUAGCAGAUGGCAGUGUUGCAAAGAUGAGGGAGAGGUUGACGCCAACGGGGAAAUUCUUCAAAGGAGGCGAAGAUUUGUUUCCAGUGCGUGAGAGAGGUUGUGAUUCAGAUUCAGACCCCCCUGCUCUUCCUCCUCGAGCACCACUUCUCCGACAGACUUCCCCAACUUUCAGUCCUGGUGUGCAGUGGGCAGACUUGGCUUCUGUCCAGUCACAGCUCCAGAUACAGAGCCAGGCGAUUGAUUCCCUCACCCAGAGGCUCCAUGAUUUGGAAAGGGAGAAGCACUCUCAGCAAUGUCACAUUCAGGUGCUUCAAGACGAGGUUCACAGGCUGCGUGAGGAGUUGAGAGAGAGGGAUAGACAAAGGGAGGAAUCGAGGAGAGGACAAAGCCCAGGAGCAGAGAGAAGGAUGGAGCAGUGGAGAAGGGAAGUUGGACGUGAGCUGAACAGUCUAAGGGGACACAUCACCCGAGCCACGUCGCUAGGCAACCUGGAGGAGAGUUUUAGCUCAAAGCUCCGCCGAGAGGAGCUGGAACAGCUGCGCAGAGAAUUGGACCAACUAAAAACACGGCUAAGGAGGCAGGAGGAGGACAUGUUUCUCCAGCAGGCACAGGCCAGGGAGACCAGGAGACUGUACGAACACAGCUGCAAGACUCUGGAGGAGCUGACAGACAGCUACAGAAUUCACAACACUGAUCUGACAAAGACAGUCUUACAGUAUUCUCACACGCAGCAAGAGGUUCGCCAGAUCAGAUCAACUGUGUCAGAACUGAAGGAUGAGGUCAGAAGUCUCGUUCUCCGAGGAUGUGAACCAACAUCACCUCUGCCUUCAGCCCACACAUCAAGGGCAUCACCACUCCCACUCUCUCACAGCCAUAAGAGAGUGGUUAAAGUUGAAGAGGCAGACUCUGACUCAGAAGACCUUAGCCCGACCCCGAGCCUGGCGGAGAUCAGCUCAGAUGAUCUCUCGUGGCUGGAAGACCCUGCUCUUCAUCAGAAGCCCAGAGCACGUCUGAGUAUUCAGUCCAGGCGGAGUGACUUUGCUGGUCCUGGAUCAGAUGUGGAUGGUGAUGACAACGAUGAUAAUGAUGGUGAUGAUGAUCUUGAAGAUGAUGUGAAUGCAGAUUUGGGAUCUGACCUAAGUCUUGAUGAGCUUUGACCUUUAUGUGUUGUGAGUUUUUUGGAAAAGGUGAAGGCUGAGGAAGCAUUCAGCAACAAAAAGACAGCAGACAGCGUUUUUGCUUCGUCAUUGCCGAGCGUGAUGAGAAAUUAAAUGAGGUGCAUAAAAUGUGAGAUAAAACUUGAUAAAUUCAAAAAUGAGUAUUGACUGUACAUAAAGGAAAACAAGUAAUUAGAUCAUUUUACCUAUUGCUGUUACAGAGCUGCUUGGAUAUGAUGAUUUUUUCUGGGGGGGAGCUUUAUUUGAAUGCAGUUUAACAGUUUUUGUGAGAGUGCCAGAAGUGUUGGACUAAGGACAGAUCACUAAGUGUGAGGCUAUUUAAUUUAUUUUUAUUUUUUUUUAAACUGGUCUCAUUUGAAUCGCCCUCUCUCCUUCUUGUUUGUUUGUUUAAAGUACUCAUCAUCAAAGCAUUUUUUUCUCCACUCAGUCUAUUUAGUGUUAUCAGGUACAGUUUAGGAUUGUAAAAUCUUCUGUUCCCAUAUGCGCAGACUGAUAGGAUGCUGGGAACCACUUGAGGUGACAGUCAGUUGUUUAAAUAGUUCUUUGUAUGACCUUUGAUAUAAAACCUUUUUUCUCUCCCAUUAUUGUGGAGCUUUGUGUCAGUAUAGAAGCACAUUUGUAAGGUGCAUUAUUUUGCAGUGUGAGGCACUAAAAGAAUACGUUUUAAUUGUUGCCACACCCUCUGCCCGCAUGUUGCGCGCUACUGGCAGAAAAUUAUGGGUCCUACUGGAGUUAAGGAUAGAACUGCUGCAAUUGGUCUGCUAAACCACAAAGUUUGGCUUUAGGCAUGACAAAAUUAAAAAUAGUUAUGUUUAGGUUUGUUAUGAUUACAGAUUGUUGGGGUUGGGUGAAACUUUGAUGUGGUUAAGGUUUGGGCUGGACUCGCAUCUUUGCCCAUAGCGACAGUGGGAUGCAUAAUGAGACAUAACUAAUCACUUGGAUUUGAAGAGCACACCACUGGUUUGCAAGCUUAGAGCCCCGUGAUAUACUCAGAUUGAGUUAAGUUGGUAUUUUAUAACUGGGACUUGGAUCACUUUAUAGACAGAUCAGGUGAGAAGAGCUGCAAUCCCUCUUGCGUUUAAAGUUCUGGUGAAUGUCAUGACUCUGUAUCAAAAGCAACUGUAAGUCUUCUCUGUGAAACUGUAAUGGAUAUUUAAUGGAUUUUUCGUCUUGCCAUAAUGCACUCUUCAGUCCAGAAGGAAUCUGAUGAGGGAUGGGAUUUUGGUUCCUGGUAAUGUAACUGAAGUGAGGUAGGAGUGAAGUGAGAUAAGAUAAAUAGGAAUCAAAAGCCAAUACCAUUAUCAAGGCGCCGGUGCCCGUCAGUCUCCACUUCGAUCUCCAUAUACCCACAACUCAGCGAGGCAGUUGAAGGUCCCUUUAUUGCUACAGUGUCUGACAUGAAUCACACUGCGCCAGGCUACGUGUCAAGCUGUUAAAUAUUUCAGCUUCCAGACACCCCCCAUCAAGGAUCCCAGACCACAGUGCAGAGCUGCAGGCAGCUGACAGCCAGGUUAGGUAUUCAGUGGGGUGCAUGCAUUCAGGCUUCAACAGUACUGACCACAUACACAUUGUCCACCUCACUAACAAGACAGAUUGUCUUAUUAGUCUGUAGUGAGCAAUACAAUACCUUCUAAAAAACCAGAGCAGAGCGUAUUUUUCACAAUCCACUGUAACACUAUCUUUGUAUAGCUGUUAAUUUUGUUGUGUAAGACAUUUAAUGAAGAAAAGACUCAUCUAUUUGUUAUUGUGUCCACAUAAUGGCUGAUGAAUCAGACCCUUUUACUGCCAUUUUAUGGUGUUUGCCAAGUAUUGUGCGGUUAGGCUGCAGUAAAGCAGAGCACUGAUUCAUUUAUUCAAGAUCUGUAAAAGAAAUGUUUUACGUUUUGUCUCCAAAAAUAAAAGUCUGUUUUAAAAGAA